AUGGUAAGUUCCUUCUCUUUAGGGAAAAUUGGGAUCCAUGAUGAUGUGGGCUUGUCUCUGCCUAUCUCACUGGCAGAAAGCCUUAAAAAAACAAAACAAAAAAAACAACUUUGAGGAUACUUCAGGGGAGAGACAAGUCGCUGUUGCUUGCAAAAUCAGAGAUUGUGAUUCAAUAGGUGGGUACUGGUUUCGUGUUUCAAAUAGACAAAAAUGUGGCUAUGAAAUCCAGGAAGUGGGGGUUCAGACACUGGAUUGUGAGCACAAGCAACAGGCAGGGAUUCUUAAAUGCUUCUGUGCUUCAUCAGAUUUUUGUAUGUGACCACCCAUAGUUAAGAGUUAUUUUCUCCUAGAAUAUGUAAAGUGAUAAAGUAAAAUCGGUUAUUCAUCAUGCACAUCCUGUGCGAUGCAGAAUACAUGAUCAAGUCCUUGUUGAAUCAAAGUUAUGCUGCUAACAAAUUUAGGUUCUAGUGAUAAUGUUAUUUACUGGAGCUUUAUUCCUCCUCGCUUGGAAGUGGCUUCAGCUAUCAAAGGGCUUUCAGGAUUGGGAAAUGCUGCCCAAUAGAAAUCAAUCACUAUUAAAAUUGCAGCUGACCAGAUGUGAAAUCUGCCCAGUUUUAGGCCUACCAUCAGGUUACAUUAUAUGGAUGCUCUUUCUUUUAUACCUUGAUCUUAAAAUGCAUGACAUAAGCAAAUUCAACUAGAAUAAAAAGGAACAACUUCAUCACCUCCUGGCAAAUAGAAGGGGAAGAAAUGGAGGCAGUGAGAGAUUUUACUUUCUUGGGCUCCAUGAUCACUGCAGAUGGUGACAGCAGUCACGAAAUUAAAAGACACCUGCUUCUUGGGAGAAAAGCAAUGACAAACCUAGACAGCAUCUUAAAAAGCAGAGACAUCACCUUACCAACAAAGGUCCGUAUAGUUAAAGCCAUGGUUUUCCCAGUAGUGAUGUAUGGAAGUGAGAGCUGGACCAUAAAGAAGGCUGAUCGCCGAAGAAUUGAUGCUUUUGAAUUAUGGUGCUGGAGGAGACUCUUGAGAGUCCCAUGGACUGCAAGAAGAUCAAACCUAUCCAUUCUUAAGGAAAUCAGCCCUGAGUGUUCACUGGAAGGACAGGUUCUGAAGCUGAGGCUCCAAUACUUUGGUCACCUCAUGAGAAGAGAAGACUCCCUGGAAAAGACCCUGAUGUUGGGAAAGAUUGAGGGCACAAGGAGAAGGGGACGACAGAGGACGAGAUGGUUGGACAGUGUUCCCGAAGCUAUCAGCAUGAGUUUGACCAAAGUGUGGGAGGCAGUGGAAGACAGGAGUGCCUGGCGUGCUCUGGUCCAUGGGGUCAUGAAGAGUCGGACACGACUAAACAACAUGUUAGCCACAUACAAAAUUGCUUAGAAAUCAAGCAGAAAUUGGGCCAUGGGCUGUUAAAAAGUGGAUAGUUUUUGAUUUAAUGAACAUCACUUCUGAGUAAGAUUGUUGUUAGAGCUUUCUCAUUAGAGCACAGAGCAGUGCAUGGAAGGUUAGCCUUGUUGCACUUCUGACAUUCUUUCCCACAGCCACAAGGGAGCAGAUCAAAGCAAGUUAGGGAGGCAUGAUUUGUUUAUCCUGCCUUUAUUCAAGGACUCUUCAUGCUUACUCCCUGCCUGGAUUUCUCUACCAUGUAACUCUGGCUGUGUGCUACCUCCGAAUUGUUUUGUUUAUUCAGGUUGGUCCAUCCAGUCUCAUUUCUAUCAUGUUCAGAGGCAGAAACACUGUUCAGUUACAGGUAUGGGUUUGUUGUUAAGGGUAUUCUAAUGGGACUGUGAAGUCGUGGGUCCAUUUCCAAAGAGGCUCUGUUGUAACCUGCAUUUGUGAUGUGGAUGGUUAGCUUGUUCUAGCUAACGUGGCUUUAGGAGGCCCCGGCAUCAACAACCAAACGAAUGAACAGGUGCAGCAGUCACAAACACAUGGAUACACAUGCUGCUUGGGAGAUGUCUGUUCCAAUCGGACUGAUGUUGCAUGCACAACCCUGUAAGAAAGGCCUCCUAGACAGGUUGCCUCUAAUGUCAAGGACUUAUCUUUGUCCCCUUAAUGUGUAACAUCUAUGAACAGGACGAAUUUGGACAAAAAAUGGGGGAGGAGUGGCAGGUACAAGACACAUUCUUGAAAUUUCAUGUGAUAGAGAGUCCCAAGUGUUCUGCCGUUCUUCAAUAGUUUCAUCAUAAGGCCCACACAGUAGCAAUGAUCUGAUACACAACGAAUACAUUGAAAAGUAUUGCUGUAUAUCUGAAGUUGAGACAAACACCAGCUUAGAUCAGAUGGAUGUUGCCUAGGAAGUAUGAAGAUGAGUUUGUGAUCAUGGUUGGGAAGGUGGUUGGACCCAAGCCUUGGUACAAGGAAUAGUAACGGUAGGAAAUGCAAGCUUAUUUUCCCAAACAACCCAUGUAGCAUGCAUAAGAAGACCACCCUAAAUCCCAGUGGCAAUUUUAUACAUGCUGUUGCACCCUGCCUAUGGUAACUUUAAGAAACAGGAAAUUAGCUACUUUGAGGUUUCAAGCAUGUUUUGAAGACCGAAGACAUAGUAGCCAUUGGUUUCAAUACUGGGCAAUUGUGAUGGCAAAAAUACUGUGCUUGGCACAUGCGCUUUCUGUGAGAAUGUUUCCUUGUGUAUCUGGAUGCGUUAAUGGAACUAUCUCAUACAUAUACCAUUUUUUGUUUUUGCAUUUGACCAUAUAAUUAUGCAUGCUGGAUCCCACUUUAUCUGAAACAUAAGGCUAGAUUAUCAACAUAGCAUUUGCAAGUUGCCAAAGAACUUGGAAAGCUUUAGAAGAGAGUGAAUUUGUUCAUCCUCCAUAGAAAGGAAAUUGCAAACCCUUCUGCAGAUGAGACACAUUAAAAAAUUGGAGAAAAUUGGCCAAUGCCAUUUAAAUGUGUUCAUAAAAUAACAGCUGAUAGAAAGAACCAAACUAAAUUGAUGACAGUGCACAUCAUAACUAACUAACUAACUAACUAACUAACUAACUAACUAACUAACUAACUAACGUUAUUUGGUACCUCAACAGCUAAGGGGUCAAAGAAAGGAAUCAAGUUCACCUUAAUGAAAAAGAGAUGUAGAGCUCUUUUUGUAAAUGUGUUGGCUGCCAAAAAUGAGAUGAGAAUCUCAAUGAUAUGUUCAGACGUGAAGAAUCAUUUCCUGGACUUAGAAAAACAACAGCCUCAUCCACAUGGAAUGCUCUGCUGGAGCUUACUGAUGUACUGCUAAAAUUUGUCUGUUUACCAUCAUGUUACGUUACAGAAUAUGCUAUGAAUCCUGUUGGGAGGUUCAUCAUACUGCUCUACGACCAAACAAGCACCUGUGCUGAAGAACUCUGUGAAAAGUAUUCUGCCAACACAAGCUGCUUUCAAAGGCUCGCUCUUCCUUCCCCAAUAAGCUAUAGCUGGAAGUGACUGGAUAAUGGACUAAAUAUGAGAACGAUGUAAAACAAAAACACCAUCUGAACAUCAGUGUUUGCUAAAUAAUCUGCUUAUGAUGGCUCAGCUGUUGGUUGCAAAGCACUGGAAGAAAUCAAGCUUUCCUUUUAUGGAUAUGUGGCUUCAAAGUUUGGUCUCAACAAAGAUUAGCCACUUUUAAAGACUGGGACAGUGGAAAAUCCACACAGAUAAAUAAUUGGAUACCUUCUGUAUUAUAUUGGAAUGGAAUUAAAAUGUGAAUUACAUCAAGACACACUGAAUAUUGUAUAAAUUCAUUAUUUUAUGAAAAUACUAACAAUUGUUAAAUAUAUAGAGAAAUUAUUUGAAAAAUUCAGAAAUGCUACUUUUUGCAUUCGGACAAAAUCUUAAGGGCUUUUUGAGGUAAUAACACAUACAAAAAAAAUAAAGAAUCUGCUUACUUCUGUUAGCCUCUAGCCAGCACCAGGGGGCCAUGAUGGUUAGGGAUGUAAGGGCCUUGUGCCAUUUUUUUACUUUAAAAAUACAGGUAACUUGCAGCUUAUGCACAUUUAACUUUAGUGCAUUCAGCUUUACAUGGUUGGCAAAACAAGUUAGAAAGGGGGCGAUUGUCUGGGGGGAAAGACUUUGGCAAUCCCACCUACCCACUGUGUUUUGACGAUAUGCUAUUUUGGCUUUACGCACUAUCCCCAGAACGUAACCCCUGUGUAAGUUGAGAAUGGUUUGUAAAUAAAUCUGAGAAUAUUUCAGCCCACAGAGCAGUUUCUUACCCACUCAGCCACAGCAGCAGAUAGAAAUCAGGCAUAUGGGACAUUUGUCUUCCAUCAAGCAGUAAACCUAUACAGUGGCAUAUGAGUUACAGGAGACUUAGCAUAGUGCAACUGCUCAGGUUUUGCAUGACGUCCAGCCCCACUCUCAACCAUAAUGCAUUCAGACCAGUGUUUGCACAAUUUGUGUACAAGCAAAAGGUAAAGGUAAAUGACCCUGGUCAGUUAAGUCCAGUCAAAAGCGACUAUAGGGGACGGCCCUCAGGUCAGCUUUUCAGGUCAGCUUUCCAGGUCAUGUGGCCAGCAUGACUAAACCGCUUGUGGAAGCUGGAGCACACGGAAACGCCGUUUACCUUUUCACCGCAGCGGUACCUAUUUAUCUACUUACACUAGUGUGCUUUUGAACUGCUAGGUUGGUAGAAAGCUGGGACCGAGCAAUGGGAGCUCACCCUGUUGCACGGAUUCGAACUGCCAACCGUCCAGUCGGCAAGCCCAAGAGGCUCAGUGGUUUAGACCACAGUGCCACCCACAUCCCUAUGUACAAAUUGUGUACAUAAAUGGGACUCCAGCAAAAAGCAGGGCUAUCCACGUUCCUCAAUUAUUUUCUCGGCUCUUUUCCUUUCCCUACACUUCCUUUAGGAUACUGUUUCUUUGUUUAUACAUUACCUACAUUUACUUAAUCCUCUUGAACUCUUAUUUUAGAUUACCUGCCUCCCAGUACCUCUUCCCAGUCUAUCCAAAUUAAUAAAUGGUAGAUUUAAAAGUCUUUUUGUGUGUGUUAGCAUGUCCCCACCCCAGCCUAGCUUUCUUUGAUCCAAAUGUUUAACACUGCUGGUCUCUUCUUUUAAACAGAUAUCAUUUCUAAUCAAGGACUGUGGACCUGAAGAAACUAAGUGUAAGUAGCUUCUGUUUUCUGAGUACUCUGUUUCCCUGUGCUUGUGGAGUAGCACAUUAUUUUGUCUCAAAAAUGCCAAGCUGCGGAAAACCGGGAUGCCUGUCUUCUGGAUCCACGUUGUUGUGUGAAUCAUGUGACCCACAUGAGAACAUGCCGCCCCCCCCCAAAAAAAACAGGAUGUCCUGAUUUAAUUGGGACAGUUAAGGGGUAUGCAAGCCAGCAAAAACUAGCCAAGAUUAGAUAGUGGCAUGCUACUUACUGGUAGCAAUGAACAGAAAGAGACGCCUGGUUUGCACUAGAACUUUCAAACUGGGCUGCUUAUGUUCCUUUUGUUAUUUUUCUGUGCACGUUCAUCUAGAAGGCCCACAUAACUCAGUUAAAUUACUGAACUUACAUAUGUAGAAUCUCAAGUUGCAAGAGAAAAGAUAGCAACACACCUUUUGGGGUGGUUUGCUAUGGUCUGAAUUCUAAAAGAAAGAUUCAGCCCAACUGUCAGGCAUAAACAGAAAUAGCACAGGAUGUGGGUGCACAGGGUCAUUUUACGACGUGAAAAUGUACAUAAUUUUGCAUUGCCUUGUUACCACACACUGUAUCUUCAAUAAAGUUUGGCAGUCAUUUUGCUUGAAUGUGUAUUUUUGUCAAACUCCCACAAGACUGGCCAGGCAGGUCUUACAGUCUCACUCUUAAUCAUGGCUCCUCACACAUUCAAAUUCACAUUAAAAAAACAACAACCCACAUUCUGUCUACCUCCAGCUUUAUUUCAUCCAAUAUAUCAGUUUCCUGGUAUUUGUUUUUUGUUGAUUUAUUUUCUGGCCUGAAACAGAACUACAGUAUAUGCAAUUAUAUUCUACAACAAUUCUUUGAUUGUUACUUCUGGUUUGGUAGCCUAGAGGUCUUCCUUCUCUGCCUCUCCUUUUCUGUAUCCAAUUGUAGUCCCAGAAUAAAAAGACAGACUCUUGUCAAAAGCUGUAGCCCACCAGCCAUAUUUGGGCGUUUGGUUCCACCUGACUAUUUUGUUGCAAUCCAAUUGUGACUGGGAACAACUCCCCCUCGUUACUGUGCUAUGUGAUGCUUUCAAAUGAGCAUCCUUAUUCAUUCUGCAGUCCCUAAGCCCUCUGACCAGGCUUUGUUUGGAGGUGUCAGGGAGGGAAGUGUUCUUUUUCUGCUCUUAUAUGUAGUCUGCUGUACUGCAGUUCUGUAGUCACCUGAUUUUGAUUUAUGAGAGUAGCAUUUCUAAGCUGGUAAUAAGUAGACCAUUUAUACUAUUCCUGAAGUCAGGGUGAGCCUGCCUCAUUAAUUAUUGUUCUGAGAAUGGGUUACAUAAGUCAUGUACAGGCAGGGAUGUUGCCAGAGGGGAAGGCAGAACUACUCAGGUGCUCAUGAAUUCAGCAAGCCACCAUCUGGUUUUGGCAGUCUAGCGGGUUGGAAUCUCCUUAAAAGUGCAGCACAACUUACAUUAAUUGUAGCAAAUCCUAUGUAAAAAUUGAUGGGGAUAUCCUAGUAAAUCCCUACAAGUGGGCAUGCCGUUCACAUUCUGCUCUAUUCCAUGUUUCUCCUAUGCUUUCCAGUCUAAGAUACAAACAUAUACAAAUGUGCUUGGAGCAGCUUGAUUUUCUCUCAUUCCACUGCCAUUUACCUGGGAGCGAACACCCUUAAACUCAAUUGGACUUACAUCUGAGUAAACACGGUUAGGAAUGUGCUGCUAGACUGCAAAUCAUUUGGAAGAGAAGUAGUGCUUCCCUGAGUUUAAAUAAACUUUGACAUAGAAUCACAGAACUAGUCCAACCCCCUGCAAUGCAGGUAUCUCAACUAAAGCAUCCAUGACAGAUGGCCAUCCAACCUCUGCUUGAAAACCUCCAAAAAAGGAGAGUCUGCCACCUUCCAAGGAAGUCUGUUCCACUGUCAAACAGUUCUUACUUUCAGAAAGUUCUUCCUGAUAUUUAGUCAGAAUCUCAUUUCUUGUAACUUGAAGCCAUUGGUUUGGGUCCUACUCUCUAGAGCAGGAGAAAACAAGCUUGCUCUACACCCAACUCCCUCAACUAUUCCUCAUAGGUUGGUUUCCAGACCCUUGAUCAUCUUGGUCACCCUCCUCUGCACACAUUCCAGCUUGUCAAUAUCCUUCUUAAAUUGUAGUGCCCAGAGCUGGACACAGUACUCAGCUGUGGUCUACCAUUACCUCCCUUGAUCAGGACACUAUAUCUGGGCAUAAAGUUAUAAUUAAAAAAUGGGAACUAACAAAAUUACUUGGCACAAAUGACAAGGGUAAGUAAUAGCGGUAUGUUGGUGCACUUCUAAUUAACAAAUUCUGGGCAAUUUAAAUCCACACAUGCAUAUUGUACCUUCCUGCUGACAAGCAGGAGCCACUUCAUAUAGUAAGUAAUUAACAGCAAGCCUGGGAAUUGAUGCACUAUUUCUAAACUGAUUUCAUCUUGCCAAAUAGGUACUCACAAGAACAGCUUCUCACAUAAAGAUUUGCAGUUGAAUAAUCCCUGCAAUAGUUGUGGCAACCAAGGCUUUGUACACAUGCCAGUUUUAAGUGGAUUUCAUGCAUCGCUCGUGGGUAUGUUUUCGUGUUGUCCACAGAAUGUUGUCCUCGUCCAAGUGAGAUGGUAG